AAGACAGACACCUCCUUGGCUGGACGUCUGGACCAUGGACAGGGAUCCGAGUGAAGAUGACAGUGUGGCGGACCUCAGUUUGGAGGCUGAGAGUCCUCUGGCGCCCCCCGCUGAGCUCCUGGAGCAGCUGCCCAGCUACGACCGGCUUCUUCAAGGGGACAGACAACAGAUAUUCUUCCCACCUUUGGAGGCCCCGGGGAGGCCCCAGGAGCAAAGGCCCUGGUCUUCGUUCUUGGAGCACAGAACCCCCGUGGUGACGGAGGAGGAGGCCCGGGAAGCCCUCCUCAGCUUCGUGAGCUCGAAAUGCUGCUACGGCAGCGCAGCGGCCGGCAGCCUGGUCAUCCGGGAGCUGAGGCAGCGGACGCUGUGCCGGUAUCGACUAGAGACCUUCAGCGAGUCCAGGAUAAGCGAGUGGACGUUUCAACCCUUUACUAACCACCCAGUGGAUGGGCCACAAAGAGGUGCCUUCCCCAGCCUCUGGGACGUCAAGGUCCAGGUCCCCCCGAUGUUUCAGGAAGACACCAGGAAGUUCCAAGUGCCUCACUCAUCGUCCGUCAAGGAAUGCCACAAAUGCCACGGGCGUGGGCGGUACAAGUGCAGCGGCUGCCAUGGGGCGGGCGUGGUGAGGUGCCCGUCCUGCAGCGGAGCCAGGCGCAAAGCCAAGCAGUCCCGCAGGUGCCAGCUGUGUGCGGGGUCCGGCAGGCGGAGGUGCAGCACGUGCUCAGGGAGGGGGAGCAAGACCUGCGCCACCUGCAAGGGGGAGAAGAAACUGCUGCACUUCAUCCAGCUCGUCAUCAUGUGGAAGAACAGCCUGUUCGAGUUUGUGUCUGAGCACCAGCUCGGCUGCCCUGGGGAGCUCCUCGCCAGAGCCAGAGGGGAAAACCUCUUUAAGGAUGAAAACUCCACGGUGUACCCCAUCGUGGACUUCCCCCUGAGGGACAUCUCUCUGGCCUCCCAGAGGGGCAUCGCGGAGCACAGCGCCGCCCUGGCCUCCCGCGCCCGCAUCCUGCAGCAGCGCCAGACCAUUGAGCUGAUCCCCCUCACAGAAGUUCAUUACUGGUACCAAGGAAAGACUUCUGUCUACUACAUCUACGGCACCGACCACCAGGUGUAUGUGGUCAACUACCCUGAGCGGUACUGCUGUGGCUGCACCAUCGUCUGACACAGCACAGCUGU